GCACGAUUAGCACUUCCGCGUUAGGUGGUAUCCCAUAAUGCUUCGCGGCAGGCUUUACGUGACAGAUCAGCUGAGCAGUGCGUCGCUGGCUGCAGUGAGCGAGCGCGCGCCUGGCAGCGGCUGUACAUCCGACCUGCUCGUGGCCGCUCAGUAGCUCUCAGUGGGCCUUGGAGAGCCUUUAAAACAACACCUCUCCAUUGGAUAUACUAUUUUUUUAAACCACCGCAACAAUGUGAUGCUUUUGUGGAUUCGUAGUUUGUUUUUUUUGGCCUCUUUGAAUCGACUCAUCAUCGACUACAUUAAAUUAUUUCAUAAUCCAUCUGGACCGAUGUAGGGGUAACCGUCCUGGGGGUUCGGAGGGGGAUUCCAUUUUUUUCCUUUCCCCGGGAGUGGACCAUAAUAUGUCCAGACGAAAACAGACCAACCCCUUCAAAGUUGACUGGCCAUUCCACACUACCGGCAUUGCGGGAUUUCAGCACACCAUUAACAUGGACGGCAGAGACGAGUUCACUGAAGACAGCGAAUGCUGCAGCAACAAUUCCCAGGAAGUCCUCGGACAGGAGAGCAUCUCAGGGCUGUGUUUGCCUCCAUAGAAGACAGCGAUAGUGACCUCGACCACCACGGCGAAGACUCCUCGUCUAACACCUCGACUGACGACCACAUGACGGCCAAGAGGGCACAGUGCCACCUGCAAGGAGCGGGAGUCAAAGAGGAAAACGAGGAAGGGUCGGACCACUGCAACAACUUUGUAUGUCCUCUUUGCACACUGGACUUCAGCAGCCCUGAGAAACUCAUCUCCCAUGUUUACCAGCACACAAACAUGAUGAGCAGCACCAAGAGCUAUGUGUGUCCCGUGUGUGGGCGGGCGCUGAGUUCACCCGGCUCGCUUGGACGCCAUCUUCUCAUCCACUCUGAGGAUCGCCUGUCCAACUGUGCCAUCUGUGGCGCACACUUCACAGACACCACCAACUUCAACAGAGAGAAGCUGAAAGAUGUCCUAGACACAAGCAGGCUAGAGGUCUCAGGUGGAAGGGACACGUGCUCCAUGACCCACUCGCUCUCCAGCAGUCCCAUGACCAGUCCAGGACCAGGCCCUCUUUCCUGUCACAGACCAGGACCCAGCCCCAGUUCCUGUCAGGGCCCUCACUCAUGCCAAGUUCCCGACCCCAGCACCAGCCUAUGUCAAGCUCAUCGAAUGUGUCACGGGUCGGGUCACAUGUCCAGCUCGUGUCAAGGUCCAGGACCAGGGCCGUGCUCAGACCGAGGCCCGUGUGCAGGCUCUGACCAAGGACCCUCCUUUCCCUCGCUGCCGGACAGUCUGCUAUCUGAAGGACCGUCGCUCGCAUCCAUCCCUGAUGCUCUUAACUCGUCCUCCUCAGGUCUUCUCCCAAUCCCAGACAUCCUAAGUCCAAUGCCGGUUUAUCCUGCGGGAGUUCUUCUGGUUUGCAAUAGCUGCAUGGCGUACCAGCAGCUCAUGGAGGCCCAGUCCCCCAUGCGCAAAUGGGCUCUGCGCAGAAAGAACGAACCCUUGGAGGCCCGCAUGCACCGCCUGGAGCGCGAGCGCACGGCCAAAAAGAACAAGCGAGCGUGCGAGACGGACGAAGAGCGUGAACUGCGGCGUCUGCGUGACCGCGAGGCCAAACGCAUGCAGCGGAUGCAGGAGACGGAGGAGCAGCGGGCGAGGCGUCUCCAGCGGGACAGGGAGGCCAUGCGCCUGAAGAGGGCCAACGAGACGCCCGAGAAGAGGCAAGCCAGGCUCAUCCGCGAGAGGGAGGCAAAGCGGAUCAAACGACGGCUGGAGAAGAUCGACCCCGCCCUCAGGACGCAGAUAGAGCACGACCCCGCCGCUAUGGCUGCCCUCACGGCGGACAUGAGCCUCUUCCAGUUCCCCUGCCCUCCCGCCGUCCCGUCUAUGGAUAACGGGCUCUUCAUGAAGCUCCCCUAAGAGGACCACGUUGUCAUCAUUCCUAAGGCUGCCUUCACACUUUGCUUCGCUUUAAAAGUAUAUUUUAGAAGCUUUUUGUCAAAUCUAAGUGGCUAAAUAUAGCAGAAUAUAAAAGUCAUCUGUUUGGAAAGUUGCUGCAUAUUUUGGCCACAUGACAAAAAUACCAGUAAAAACACUUAAGCGCUUAAGUAUUUUUAAAAAAUAAUUUUGCGUACGGAAGCACAAGUGUGAAUACAGCCUAAAAAAAAUAUGUAAUUUAGUGGCGUGGAAAAGCCCCCUUGAUAAAGUGGGGAGAAUGUUCUGUGUUGUAUGAAGUACUUAAGUACUUUUAAGUACUUUUAAGUACUUUUUAAAGCAUGUUGUAAAGAGAUUUGAUACCUGCUUUGUCCUUAGAGGAGAGAGAUGUUUUUGCACAUGAUACAGGAGGGAGGACUUUGUAGCCAUAGACGCCCCCCCCCCCAUUGCUCCUCCUCCUCCUCACUGCUCCAUCAACUUGACCGGUAGCUCCACCCACCUCUUCUUCUUCUUCUUCAAGCUGCCGCCACCGGUCCACGGAGUCGUUUCAUGUCGGCUCCAACUUCUACCUCAGCUGACGUACUGCUCUGCUAGUACUGCCACUACUUUGUUAGUACCCUCUAAGUACUCUGUGUCCUCUUGAGUACUCGGAACAACAAUGCCAACGUCUCUUGUCACACUACCACACAGUUUGCCAAUGUUUCUCAAUCCGUGCUGCUCUUUCUCCUCAUGACUGUACAAUACGUGUUACCUCUUCUCAUCAUCAUCAUCAUCAUCAUCAUCAUCAUCAUAUCAAGUAUGCAACUAAGAUGUUGCCGUGACUUGAAUUCCGCCUGUGACUUCAUGAACGCAUCAUGAAGAUGGGAGCUUCAGGCCUUCCCUGGUAGCGUUCACUGCGUACUUUCCAAAACAGCACAUGUUAUUUAUUUAAAGUAAUGUUCUACAUCCAUUAACCUCAUAUUUAUGCAAUAUUGACUCAUAUUUUUUUCCCAUGCCACAGUGUAUUUAUUACUUUUGUUACAGCCACUGUUUUUUUUUUAAACGUAUUUUACACAUGUUUUCUUCCCUAUUGUGUUAUUUUCAUGCUGUUAAAUUACCUCCAGUUUUCCAAUGCAAACAUCGCUGCUUCCUGUUCUGUCUGAGGCACUCCUAGACGUUCCUUGUCAGGCACACUGAAACGAAAAUGCUCAUAUUACAACAAUAAAGUAAAAAUCAGCGGGCGAAAAAGUAAUCACAGUGAGACACUCUAUCGCUCCCCGGGGGGAGAGAAUGUUUUUUUUACAAUUGUGUUAUAUUGAUGUAUUUAUGUGUACAAACCACUGUGUGAGUUGCUGGCACCAGCAUGGUUCAAGAACAUAUGGAUUCAUCUACAUGAGAAGAAUGAAGAAUGUCAUUAGCAAGUGAAUGUCAACAUUUCCAUGCAAAAGUAAAACAGGUUGAUUUUCCUAUAUAUAAUAAAACAUUAUAUAUAUAUAUAUAUAUAUAUAUAUAUAUAUAUAUAUAUUUAGUUAAUUAAAUUAAAUUUAAUUAAAUUAAUGACAUCAUUACAUAUUUCCUAAAAACUUUAUUCUCAUAUUGCCAUUUUAAUUGCGUAAAAUUAAUCCUUUUUCCGCAUAGACUUCAGGCUUUAUUAGACUAAAAUUGACUAUCAAUAUUGCAAACUGAUAUUGACUCAUUUUACUUUUCUCAUGAAUUUUCUCAUGAUAGAGCCAAUAUUAUUUGCAAAAAAAAGACAACUCUUCCCACAAGGCUUUCUCAUGAAAUUUUUACAUUUUCCUUUUAAUAUUACAAUGAAUUGUCAUCCAAUUUUUACUCAUAUUAUGACAAUUAUUCUCAUACAUGCCUGUGAAUAUUGUCAUUCAUCCUGGUCAUUGGCUUCUCAGGGCAUUCAGUUGACUACAGUCUACUUUGUCUCAUAUCUUUUUUUUAUUGGCAAACAAUUAUAUUUUUCUCAUCAUAAACAAUAAACAAAACUUGAUAUUCAUAUAUGAACUAAUAUGGUCGUAUUGAGAGUUUAUUCAUGUAAACUUUUUUGUCAUAUUAAAAUCUUUUGUCUAACUUUUUAAAACUUGUUUUCAUAAAAAUAUCACUUUUUCUUUUGUCUCAUAAUAUAUCGACUCAAACCUCAGACCUCAUUUCUAAUACUAUUUAUUACAACUUGAGUCUCAAAAUUUGUCUCAAAAUGACAUUUUCCCAUAAUAUUUACACUUUAUUUUUGAUGGAUGUUUUCUUUUAGUUUUAGUAUUAUGACUAAAAUAAGAAUAAAGUUGUAAGUUUUCUGUUCCUAUGACACUCAACUAUUUUAUUGCAUCCCCCCCCCCCACUUCAGUGUGCCUCUAAUAUUUUGAAUAGACCAUCUAGUAGGAUAUUCCCCCCCAAUAUAAAACAAUGCCAUCCCUUCUAGGAGUGCAUCAAACUUAUAUAUAUACACAACAUGUUUUUAUUUCUUCUUCCAAUAGAAAUCAAUUGACUUUUCACUGAAACUAUGCAGACGGCACCUUUUGUCUUAUUGUCUUUUGUUUUUCAAUUAAGCCGACUUCGAUGUAAGCUUCUCAGGAGAUGUAACGGGCGAGAGGGCUUCAUUUCGGGGAGCCCCUUUCCAGACUUAUCUGUCAGCACAGGAAAACAACAGGGUGUCACAAUGGUCUUCCUGCAUGCAGUCAGUCAGUCAGUCAGGCAGGCUUUCAGGUUACAUUCCCUCUCCUCUCUCCUCACUCUAUGAAUACCGAGUAUUCUGUUUGUUUGGAAUGUUCAUACUAUUGCAAAAGGAAGUAUCUGAGGUGUCAUGUUUAGGUCUUUUGGUGUGUGCUGUGACUAAGAACUGCAUGUGAUGAAACUGCACUUGUCCGCCAGUACGAGCUUGUCUUCUUAUGUUCUCUUUAUGCCUGCCGCGUCUUUUUUUUUUUAUACAUCUCUUGAAAUGAUAAUGUUUUUUAAAAUGGCCUUUCCGUUGAUGUCUAUCGGGAUUUUCUCCUGAUGUCCAUGUUUACAGAAUGUUGGGCCGACUUUGGUCAUUUCAAUGAGUGGCUGGUUACAGCAUUAACUCAUGUACAGUUGGAACCAUGUGACGAAUGUGCAAAUAAAUAUUGAUUUUACAACAGUUUUCUUUUUUCGGUUUCUUACACUGGGCAGCUGUUACGUUUUUAAUACAACACUUACAAUUUUGCGGAUAUCCCAUGUGUGGCUAAAAUGACAACGGAAGGCUACAUUGGAAAAAAAAUUGUAGAUUUGGAGGAUAAAGUAGUAAAUGUAGGGAAAAAGUCCUAAAUUUACAUAAAUAAAAUUGUAAAUUCAUGACGAAAAAAAGCUUGCCUAAAGAAAGAGUUUCCUUCCAUUUUCCCUG